AUGGCCACGUCCAGCUCCGCCGCCACCAGCUCCCCGGCCUUCACCUUUGGCUUCCUUCCACCCGUCUCUGAGAAGCUUGGUCGCGGCAACUACAACAUGUGGUUUGCCCAGGUCUCCUCCACCAUCAAUGGCGCCCAAUUCGGCAAAUACAUCCGCCCGGAUGCUGUCCCUCCCGCGGCGUACCUUCAAGGCGACGCUGAUCCCACCACCGACAAGACACCCGAUCCUCAACCCAAUCUGGCGUAUGAAACGUGGGUUACUCAGGACCAGCAAGUCCUCAGCUCCCUCUUCUCGUCAUUGUCGAGGGAGGUUUUCUCUCAGGUCUCCGCUGCCACUACUGCGUCUGAGCUUUGGGCAGCCAUCCAGGCCCAUCAUGCCAGCCAGUCCCGCGCUUGGAUCAUCUCCACCCGCAUGGCCCUUGCUACUGUGUCCAAGGGCUCCUCCUCCAUUGCUGAUUAUUUUGGCAAAAGAUGA